AGUAAUUUUUCUUUUUGCAAAAAUACAUAAUACGGCAAUAAAUCAACAUCGAAUAGUUAGCUUGCAAUGUAGAUAGCUAUAUCAAUAAUGUUGUGUAUGGUCUACAUAAAAAAUAUCUCUAGCAGAUAACAGAAACUGGGUGAAAUAACCUUCAGUAAAGCUUUCCAACCAUCAGCACUUUUAUGUUUAGUGGGAGUUCCCCCGUUGACCAUCACAGACAUUGUAGACAGCCGGUGGCCAGUGCUCUCAGCACGUUUUUCGGUGACGCACCUUUGGCUCCAAUUCGAAAGCACGUAGCGCCAACGCGAUACUUUUGUUCCGGUGCUCUCGGGUUAAUUAAAUCGCUGCGUGCCGCUAUCAAUACCCCCGCUUAUCAGCUGUCGACAGAAUCGCUAUUAACGGCAUUCGGUGAAUAUUUAUCUCGGCCCGAUGUUAACGUGCCAACUUCAACAGUUUUUGGCUCCGACAGUUGGCUCUGGCACGCAGACCCCAGAAGAACCCCAACCAGAAAGGUACCCACGAUGCGCUCCCCACUGAUCCUGCUCACCUGCCAGGUGCUUCUCAUCCUUCGGGUGAAAGCAGAGGAAAGCCACUGCACCUCGGUGGCUGGAAUGGUGAAACUGCUCGAUCUGGAGGCGCAGCUGAUCGACAACCUGGAUGACUACGCCCGAGAGCUGGAGAAAAAGCUGGAGAUUGUAAAAAGAAGUGUAACUAGUAUGCGUUUGGAGAACGACAGAGCCCGCGGCUCCACGGAGGAGUACCUGUCCAACCCCCUCAACUCGUUUUCCCUCAUCCGCCGCAUGAACCGCGACUGGAUGAUCUGGCAGCUCUUCAUGGACGACCCCGUGGGUAUCACGCAGAUGGAGAAAAUCCAGGAGCUGAGGGAGCACAUGCCCACCAACACGGAUGUCGAGGAGGCUGUCACCGCCUUGGACCGCAUUCAGAGUACCUACGGGCUCAAAGUGGCCGAGAUUGCCCACGGACUCCUCAAUGGCAAGCAAUACAAUGUGAGCUUAACAGCGUUGGACACCUAUGCUCUGGGGCAGAUUCUCUUCGACCAGGGAAACUAUGCGGCUGCAGCUGCAUGGCUCUACCAGUCGCUCGUCUUGAAUGAGGUCUUCACCGUAGCUGCUCCCCUGGAGAUCUCCAAAAGCGAAGUGCAAAUGGUUUAUGCCGAAUCCCUGCUUAAGUUGAACCAGAACGCCGAUGCCCUGAAAGUUGUCAACAUUGCACUGACUGAUAAGCCGCAUGAUAUUAAACUGUUGCUGAAGAAGUCGGAAAUCGAAACGAUGAUAAGAACGGGCUCCAACAACGCACCCCAGUUAAAGGUGCAGAACGCCGUGGGCGUAACUGCCUACCAGAUGGGCUGCCGCGGGCAGUUCCCGCCGUCCGUCGAUGGCAGGCUGCACUGUCUGUACAACAGAACCACCACCCCGUUCCUGACCCUCGCUCCCCUCAAGAUGGAGCUGGUGGGGCUGGACCCCUACAUGGCGAUCUACCACGAGGUGCUCUCCGCCAAGGAGAUCGCGGAGCUGCAGGGGAUGGCCACCCCGGGCCUGAAGAGGGCCACAGUCUUCCAGGCCUCCUCAGGUCGCAACGAGGUGGUGAAGACCAGGACCUCCAAGGUGGCCUGGUUCCCCGACACCUACAGCCCCCUAACUGUUCGACUGAAUGCCCGCAUCGCCGACAUGACCGGGUUCAAUCUGCUCGGUUCCGAAAUGCUGCAGCUGAUGAACUACGGGUUGGGUGGACACUACGACAAGCACUACGACUUCUUCAACCAGACAAACUCCAAUCUUACUCUAAUGAGCGGCGAUCGGAUUGCCACAGUACUAUUCUAUCUGACGGAUGUCGAGCAGGGCGGUGCUACUGUUUUCCCAAAUAUUCAGAAAGCUGUAUUUCCCCAACGUGGAUCAGUCAUAAUGUGGUACAACCUCAAAGACGACGGAGUGCCCAAUACCCAAACACUCCAUGCCGCCUGCCCAGUUAUAGUUGGCUCCAAAUGGGUGUGCAACAAAUGGAUUCGAGAGCGCGAACAGCUCUUCAGAAGACCGUGCCUUAAAAAGUGACUGUGAUUCUCAAGUAGUCUAAAUAUAAACAAGUGAUAUUAAACGCCCACUAUGAAACUCAAUAAAGUCAACCCACAAUCAAA